UACUUCUUCACGCAAAUACCACAUCCGAUGCACAAGAACUCGGAGAUGAACGCGAUUUUGUCCGAAGGUUUGACCUCAAUACAUAGCUUGCCUGUUGCACAUGAGCCUUGGGGAAUCAGCGCGGGAGGGGAACAAGAUCCUCACCCAUCUUCACGACAGGACAUGACUGCAGGCGCCGUCAGCGACGGCGGGCACGCGAUGCAGCGGGGGUGCUGA